AAGGAUACUUUUUCAAAAUUCUGGCAGCCAUCACUUGAGUUCACUUCCAUUGUUUCAAAGCUAACAGAUAAUGAUGAUUUUUCAGCUUCAGAACAAAGUAAGGCCUUUGGUACUCUUCAGCAGAACAGAAAUUCCAUCUCCAUUGCAGAGGCCACUGGUUCCAGUAGCUGCCAUGAUCCCAUUCAGCAUUCAUGGAGCCUUGUUUCAUAUAUGGAUAAAAAGAGUACAGCAGAAAAGUUGGGUAAAGAACUUGGCUUACAAGCUAAGGAGCUGAGUGCAGUUCACAGCAGUCAUCAUGAAAUUGGAGUUAAUGACUCUAAUUUAUUCUCUUUGGAAAUGCGAGAGCCCCUUGAGUCAAGUAAUACAAAAUCCUUCCACAGUGCAGUGGAAAUUAAAAAUAGGUCCCAGCAUGAGCCACCAUGUUUCCAGCAUCAUGGUAUAGAUACCCCCACUAGCCUUCAAAAGAGGUCUACAUGUUGUCCACCUUCGUUAGUCAGACUUGAAGUGACAGCCAGCAAUUCCCAGGAUGGCGACCCUCAAAUUUGGGAUGAUCUGCCAUUCUCUGAAAGCUUGAACAAGUUUCUGGCGGUUCUUGAAAGUGAGAUUGCUAUAACCCAGGCAGAUGUCAGUAGUAGGAAGCAUCAUGUAGAUAACGACAUUGAUACAUUUCAUGCAGACCACAGCAGGUUAUCUGUGACUCCCCAGAGAACUACUGGAGCCCUGCAUACACCACCUAUAGCUUUAAGAUCAUCACAAGCAAUAGUCAAAGCAAACUGUAGCAAAGAUGACUUCCUUUUCAACUGUAAAGUAAAUCUAAGUCCUAGUGUUGAAAAGGAGUCACAACCAGAUAACAAAGUAGAGGCUGUCUCUGUAAAUCAUAGUGGAAGAGGUAUGUCAGAGUAUUUUCUACCAAAUCCUUACCUGUCAGCUCUGUUUUCAUCUUCAAAAGAUUCAGAAACAAUAGUUACUCUUAAGAAGACUAUCAGAAUCUCACCACCCAGGGAUGAAAUUCUGUUUAGGCCCAGUACUUCAGAGAGUGACCAUUUUAGUCUAAAUAACAAAUAUUUGAAUGGAUGUGGAGAAAAAUCACUUUCAGUAAUGAAUGAAAAGUUGACAACUCUAUGUUCUAGGAAGUACAAUGAUGUCUCUGAUCUUUGCAAAUUAGAAAAUAAACAAUAUUAUAGGUGGUCCAAGAACCAAGAUGACAGUUUUACAAUUUGCAGGAAACUUACAUAUCCUUUAGAAACUCUUUGCAAUAGUCCAAAUAGAAGUACAAAUACAUUGAAAGAAAUGCCUUGGGGGCAUAUCAAUAACAACUUAACGCAGAGCUAUUCUAUUGGUUAUGAAGGUAGCUAUGAUGCCUCUGCUGAUCUCUUUGAUGAUAUUGCUAAAGAAAUGGACAUUGCAACAGAGAUUACCAAAAAAUCACAGGAAAUUUUGUUACAACAGGGAACGUCUUUGGCAGAAAGUCAUCCUUCGGAGUCUGAUUUUUCACUGAGAUCACUUUCUGAAGACUUCAUCCAGCCUUCACAAAAAUUAUCCUCGCAAAGCAUUUCUGCCUCUAGGCGUUCAAGAACAUGCUCUCCAACACCUCAAUUUCAAUCAGAUUCAGAAUAUAAUGUUGAAAAUAGUCAAGACUUUGUUCCAUGUUCACAGUCAACUCCAAUUUCAGGAUUCCACCAAACAAGAAUUCAUGGGAUAAACAGAGCUUUUAAAAAACCUGUAUGUUAUUCAGAUCUUGAUGCUAACUGUGAAAAAAUAAGGAUUUUCCCGGAAAAUGACAAACAGCAAGCCAGCCCAAGCUGUCCAAAAAAUAUAAAAACACCUAGCCAGAAAAUCAGAAGCCCUAUUGUAUCUGGUAUUUCACAACCAGAAGUUUUCAAUCCCUCUCCUUUUGCUGAGUGCCAUGAAACUGAUAGUGAUGAAUGGGUCCCUCCUACCACACAAAAAAUAUUUCCUUCAGAUAUGCUUGGAUUCCAAGUCAUAGGUCUAGGGAAAUGCCUUGCUGCCCAUCAUUUCCCUGAUCAAGAGUUACCAAGAAAGAAACUGAAACAUAUUAGACAAGGAACCAAUAAAGGUUUAAUUAAGAAGAAAUUAAAGAAUACGCUUUCAGCAGUUGUUAUGAAAGAGAAAACUCCUAAAUAUAACUGUAAAAGUUCAGGCUGGAUUUCCAAAUGUCCAGACAUUCAAGUCUUAGCAGCACCUCAGCUGCACCCUAUUCUUGGACCUGAUUCUUGUUUAGAAUGUUGCCUUCCAUUUUCAGAAAAAGGCCCACCUUCAGUGUGUGAUACUCAAAGUGCUUGGUCACCUGAAUUGUUUUAACAAAAAGUCACCUGAACCCAAUUCCUGAACUUUUAAAUCUGUUUGGAAAUGUUUGCCUUCAGGGGUAUGGAAAGCAUUCCUUACAUUUUGAACACUUGGAGAGAAGCAAAUUGAAAAAGAGGACUGUGCUGGGUGCUACUGUGCCUUUUAAAAUAUAAAGCCAUUGUUUUCCCCAGGUUUUAUCUAGAAUACUAUGAUUAGGUAAUUGAGCACUUUAUCUUAUACUGUUUAUUUUACUUUAAUAAUAUUGUUAAGAUUGUUUUUGAAAGUAUUAAUAUUUGUUAAAAUCACCUAUACAUCCAGAAAUAAAGCCUUUGCAAACCAAAA